AUGGACAAGUUGAAGAGAGACAGGAAAUUUUUACGCUCACAAGCAACAAGAUUGAGGAACGAUAUCGACGAGAAAUUGGAAGCUGCCGGUACAACCGCGCAAGAAAUUGCUAUACUAAGAGAGAAGCUCCAAGAUAUUUCCAGGGAUUUGAAGGCUGUUGACAGCGAGCUCAAGGAUAAAUUCUCUGACGAAGAAUAUGAACGCGAGAUGACUGCCACGACCGAAUACCGCCAUCAGAUUUUGGAGACCAUCACUCGCAUAGAUCUGCGCUCCCAAGUAGUUUCGACGGGCGCGUCGACUUCGGCGGCUUUGAACCCCAGCCCUGUUCCAGCUGCUUCUGUCCAUAGGGACAAUAAGAUAAAGCUGCCAAAAUUAGAGCUCCCGAAGUUUCAUGGCGCCAUAGACGCAUGGCUUCCUUUUUGGACACGUUAUGAAGUUGCAGUACACCACAACAACGCGCUUACCGCCACUGAGAAGUUCUGUUACUUGACGUCUCUGUUAACUGGGAACGCUGCUGAUCUCAUCCGUGGAUUAAAUUUGAAUGAGGGCUGCUAUAACGAGGCAAUUGAACUUCUCAAGAAGGAAUAUGGAUCAUCCACACGCAUAGCUGAUGAGCACAUAAGGAAGCUGACAAACAUGGUCCCAGUCACGGAUCCUGCAGAUAUUUCGAAACUGCGGCAAUUCUAUAAUGAAAUUCAAUCCCGGGCACGAAGCCUUCAGGUUUUGGGCAUAUCAACCGAUGCCUACAGCGCACUACUUAGACCCAUCAUUUUAAGCAAGCUGCCCCAAGACAUGGUCAUUGAACAUCAGGAACGACAAGAAUUUAAUGACAGUACUCGCGGUGCAGAUGUGGCCAGUGGCAGUGCGGUACACCUUUACAGCCAGGACUUCCAGGACCUGAUGGACUACUUGCGAGUAAAAAUAGUGUCCAAGGAACGUGCAUUAGGGUAUACCGGUGAGGAGAAGCACGAAGGGAAACCGAAUAUUCGUAAGGUCAAAACCACCGAUAUGCCAACGGCCUCUGCUCUUUUAAACGCCAACAAUGCACGGACACCAAAUAAUGCAAAUCAUGAAUCGUGUUUAUUUUGCAAGUCAGAUCAACAUCGGACGGUCACUUGCGACAGCGAUAUCCCACUACAGGAGAAGAAGCGGCUCUUAAUUGAAGCAAGAUGCUGUUUAAAAUGUACGAGACGAAAUCACAUUGCUAGUCGCUGUCAGUCGUAUAUCAGGUGUCGCAAGUGCAGCCGAAGACACGCUACGAGCCUCUGUGACCCAGACUACAUACGCAAUAGGAGUACCCAGCAAGUACAAGUCAACACAGUUCCGGUCGACCCCCCGGGAGAGGUGGUUUUAGCAGCCUCCGCAGUUCCCUCUAAACAGUCAAGCACGAUAAUUCUAGGCACAACAAUGGCAUGCGCGAAGGGACCUGAAAACACAUGCUGGGUACGCGUUCUGUUUGACAGCGGUAGCCAACGCAGUUUCAUCACCGAAGAGCUCGCGAAGCAAUUAGGAUGCCACUCCCACGGAGUCGAAAAAAUCAGCAUAGGGUCGUUCGGUGGAGCAACAGUCACCAAGGCAUUGAGCAAAACUUCGGUCAAGCUGCAAACUACACAGGGCACUGCCGUAGAAAUUGACGUCCUGCAAACGCAACAAAUAUGCGCCAACGUACUUCCUGCCAUCGGUCAAGAGCAUCUCAAGGGCACUUUCCUACUUGAGGGAACAUCGAAUGUCACCACGGCAGAUCAAGAACUUCCUAUCUCCAUUCUCAUUGGGACCGAUUGGUACUGGAGACUCGUGCAAGAUGACAUCAGGAGAAUUAAUGAUGAUCUAGUCUGUGUCCCCACCGAAUUAGGAUGGUUUGUGCAUGGCGUCGUAAACGACACGAUGAAUUCUCAAGCCCAGGAGCAAGCUGUAAUGCUCUGUGUCCGGCAAGGCCUGCAACGUCAAUUCAUUAACAACAUUUGGGGUCCAGAGGACGAAGCCGAUUACGACGACAAAACCGCAGGAGAGGUAUUGAACAGGUUUAAUAGUACAGUCAGGAACGUCAACGGAAGGUACGAAGUACGGCUACCUUGGAAAGACGACAUAGACCUUGGAACAAAUGAACGAAACGCACGGAAACGACUUAAAGGUUUGACGGACCGUUUACUUCGUACGCCCGACCUGCUCAAGACGUAUGAUGAUGCUAUCCGCAAAUAUCUAAUUGACGGCGUCGCAGAAAAGGUGCCAGAGAACGAAUACAAUCACGAUCAAGUUGAUAGACCAGUGUACUACUUACCUCACCACGCAGUCAUUCGCACGGACCGCAUUACAACGAAAUGUCGUAUCGUGUUUGACGCUUCCGCUCAUGAAACUCAAGAGAUCAGCUUGAACGAGAAUCUUCACAUCGGACCCAAUAUGAACCCGAAUGUAAGCGUUCUCCUACUGAGAUUUAGACUACAUGCUGUUGCUUUUACUGCCGACAUAGAAAAGGCAUUCCUCCAAAUACUCAUCCACAAAAGAGACCGAGAUGCCCUGCGAUUCCUCUGGUAUCAAGCUAUGCCCACAGGAGUGGGCGAUAAGUUGGAAAUAUGGCGAAUGACGAGAGUCACGUUCGGGACUGGCCCUAGCACAUUCCUGUUGGCGGCGACAUUGAAGAAACUGCUGAGAGAGUCCGAAGUAGAGUAUCCGGAAACAACAAGACUAUUGAACGAUUGUACGUAUGUCGAUGAUUUUAUAUCUGGUGCUGACUGCGAGGAAGCCGCUAUCAACGUGUACAACGAGGUGAAGAAUAUAAUGCAGAAGGGAAGCAUGAACAUGCGAAAAUGGGCCUCCAACUCAGCACGGCUGAACGCUUUGUACCUGCAGGACCCGGAGGAAGUCUCACCCUUCGCUGGAGAUUCCCGCGUGAUAAAGGUUCUGGGAAUGAAGUGGGAUACGGAACAGGACUCCCUCUUUUACAAUGCUACCAACCUUCUUCAAGGUGGAAAGCCUGCUGUAUGGACGAAGAGGAAGGUGUUGCAGACGGCUCAAAGCAUAUACGACCCGCUAGGUUUGAUGUCACCGUAUACGAUCGCUGCAAGGAUCUACAUGCAAAAAAUGUGGCAACAAAGUCUCACUUGGGAUCAACCUAUUCCGGCGGACCUACAGGAGAGUUGGGAAAGGUGGUAUGAAGACUUACAGUACCUUACCGAGAUCAAGAUCAACAGGUACUACGGCAUGUGGACGACGAAUGUAUCGUUGCAUGUUUUCUGUGACGCAAGUUGCAACGCGUAUGGCGCCGUUGCGUACCUGGUUAUUAAAACAUCGGACUCUGCUUCUUCAAACAUAGUGCUGGCGAAGGCCAGGGUAGCACCAGUCAAGAAGCAGACGCUUCCAAGGUUGGAACUCCAAGCCGCUGUUGUAGCUGUGAAAAUUUCAAGAAUGUUGAUGGACGCAUUCCCAGGCAUCAAACAAGUUUUCUUCUGGACUGACUCGACAAUCGUACUGUAUUGGCUACACGGUAAGAGUGAGAAUUGGAAGGAGUACGUUCGAAGGAGAGUUAACGAAGUCAAGAAGUAUACGAAGCCAACACAAUGGAGGCACUGUCCUGGGACCGAAAACGUCGCGGACAUGGUCACUCGAGGUCUUCGACUGACUACACUCACGACCAACGACAAGUGGUGGAACGGCCCUAAUUGGCUCACAGAUGAACAAGCAUGGCCUGAAGAGUGCUUCGAAGCACCAAGCUGCCGGGAAGAAGCGAAACAUGAGCAAACAGCACUUGCAACAACGACGGCGCCAGCGGAAGAAGUUACUCGCUGCACGAACUUCAGCUCACUAAAUAGACUCCACAGAGUAACAGCGUGGAUAAAGAGAUUUUGUGGAAACUGUAAAGGGGCUUCUAUCGAUGGACCACUUAGUAUGGAAGAGAUUGAAAACGCUAAGAACUAUUGGCUCCGACAUGUACAAGUCACAGCUUUUCCUGAAGAAUAUCAAACCCUGAAGGCCGCGAAAUCACUAAAAAGACGACACUUCAUGCAGAAGUACAGACCGUUUCUUGAUGAGAACGGCAUAAUGAGGGUUGAAGGGAGGUUACAGAUGGCAAAUCUUACGUUCGAUGAAAAGCACCCCAUAAUCAUGCCACGAGAUGCUCACUACGUCUCAUUACUCGUCGAGCAAGCUCACCGAAGGGUCAUGCAUGGAGGAGUAGCAGACACCCUUGCAUAG